AUGGACCCGCGGCUAGUGAAGGCCCUGCCGGACGCGCCUGGCGCGUGCACCGCAGACCUGCGGGAGCGCAUCGCAUGGGGCGUCGGCACCUCGGCGUACCAGAUCGAGGGCGCGUGGGACGAGGGGGGGAAGACGCCGUCCAUCUGGGACACCUGGGCGCACACGCCUGGCAAGAUCCAGGGCGGGGACACAGGCGACGUGGCGGUGGAUCACUACCAUCGGUAUCGUGACGACAUCCGCAUAAUGGCGGCACUGGGUAUAAAGCAUUACAGGCUCUCCAUCUCUUGGCCCCGCAUCCUGCCCGACGGCGGCCGCGGCACCCACGUCAGCCGCAGCGGCGUGAGGUUCUACAGCGCGCUGCUGCGGGACCUGCGCGCGGCUGGCAUCACGCCGGUGGUGACGCUCUUCCACUGGGACCUGCCACAGUCGCUGCAGGACAUGUAUGGUGGCUUCCUGGACCCCCAGAUCGCAGAGGACUACGUUUACUACGCAGACACUGUUUUCAGGGAGCUGGGGCACCUGGUGCGGCACUGGAUCACGUUCAACGAGCCGAUGUCCAUCUGCCAGCUGGGCUACGGCAUCGGCGUGUUCGCGCCCGGCGUGGAGGCCGGCACCACGGGGCAGUACAAGUGUGGCCACCACCUGCUGCUGGCGCACGGCAGGACGGUGCAGCUGUACCGUGGAAAGUACCAGAAGCAGCAGCAGGUGAAGGCGGUCGACGCCCAGGCGGCUGAGGCCUACGUCCAGUUCCAAAUAGGCUGGAUUGCGGACCCUAUAUUCACAGGCGACUACCCCCAGCUGAUGCGCGACACCCAGCGCAACCUGCCCAAGUUCACGGCGGAGCAGAGGGCCAUGAUAAUGGGCAGCGUCGACUUCUUCAGCCUCAACUUCUACACGGCACACUUUGUGCGCGCGCCGGCGGCGGGGGCCCCCAAGGCUCAGUUGUACGAGGAGCUGCUGGCCGACUCCCAGGGCAACCCCCCAGGGGAGGCCAGCGACGUGUUCUGGCUCUUCUCCACCCCCUGGGCGAUGCGCAAGAUGCUGGCGUGGGUCAGCCGGCGCUACAGCCGGCCGGAGAUAUGGGUGACGGAGAACGGGGUGGCGGCGCCGGGGGAGGCGGGGAAGAGCCUGGGGGAGACACUGAAGGACACGUACCGGCUGGAGUACUUCAAGGGGUACCUGGACGGCGUGUGCCGCGCGGUGGCGGACGACUCGGUCAACCUGUCGGCCUACUUUGCCUGGUCCCUGGUGGACAACUUUGAGUGGAACGAGGGCUUCCGGCCGCGCUUUGGCAUUGUGCACGUUGACCGCCGGUCCCGCGGCCUGCGGCGCUACCCCAAGCUCAGCGCAUACUGGCUGUCCCACCACUUUUUCAAGCGCGCGCCGGGCGAGAUCGCGUGCUUGGAAAUCAAGUCGUGCGGCGGCGUGGGCCACGGCAACCGGCUGCCGCUCGCCAUCGCCGACACGAUCAAAGAGAUCGUGUCCGAGUGA